AUGGAUCUAGAUUUCCUAAUCCACGCUCUCAUUCCAUCUUCCAACUCCGUUUCUUUACUUGCGGGUUUUUUCGCUUACUUGGCCAUUCUUGGAUCUAUUCUCCCUGGAAAACUUGUUCCUGGGGUUGUUCUCUCUGAUUCAACUCGCCUUCACUAUCGCUGCAAUGGUCUACUUUCGCUUCUCCUGUUGGUUGGACUUCUUUGGAUCAGUGCCAAGAUGGAAUUUGUAUCUCCCACUGCCAUAGCAGAUAGUGGACUUGAGCUGCUGUCUACAACUUUUAUCUUCAGUUUUCUUGUGACCCUGGUACUCUAUUUUUCCGGUUGCAAGUCACGGAAUAAAGGUUCAUCGCUAAAACCUCAUAUUAGUGGAAACCUGAUAGACGAUUGGUGGUUUGGAAUACAACUAAAUCCUCAGUUCAUGGGUAUUGACCUCAAAUUUUUCUUUGUUAGAGCUGGAAUGAUGGGGUGGCUACUUAUCAACUUAUCCGUUCUUGCCAAGAGCAUUCAAGAUGGUACUUUGAGCAAGUCAAUGAUUCUCUACCAGCUAUUCUGUGCACUAUACAUCCUGGACUACUUUGUACACGAAGAAUAUAUGACAUCCACAUGGGACAUAAUUGCGGAGAGAUUGGGCUUCAUGUUGGUCUUUGGAGAUCUAGUGUGGAUUCCUUUUACUUUUAGCAUACAGGGCUGGUGGCUUUUGAGGAACAAUGUGGAGUUAACAACAGCCGCGGCUGUAGCUAAUUUCUUUGUCUUCCUUAUUGGAUACAUGGUAUUUCGAGGGGCAAACAAGCAGAAACACGACUUCAAGAAGAAUCCAAAGGCUCCUAUAUGGGGUAAGCCUCCAAAAGUCGUUGGAGGCAAGUUACUUGCUUCUGGUUAUUGGGGUGUUGCGAGACACUGUAAUUACCUAGGAGACUUGCUGCUUGCUCUCUCUUUUAGCUUACCUUGUGGCAUCAGUUCACCAGUUCCAUACUUCUAUCCAAUUUAUCUUCUCAUUCUGUUAAUAUGGAGAGAGAGAAGAGACGAAGCUCGAUGUGCGGAGAAGUAUAAAGAUAUAUGGUUAGAGUAUCGCAAACUUGUUCCAUGGAGAAUAUUGCCUUAUGUUUAUUAG